AGUUGGCGAGCGGUGGGGGAGGGGGUGGAGAGACGGACAGUAUCGGUUCAGUUAUCACUCGCCACUGGUGGUAGCCGUGGCCGGGAAGGACUCGAACUUAAGGUUGCCAGGCUCGAAGCGCAGUGCGAAGCGCUGGUAGCGAUCACGUGGUAUUGGCGGCGGUAAUGCCAUUCGUUGCCUUUUGUGACGUUUAUGCAGCUCGGUUAAUAAAACAAAAACCCACAAGCAUUUGUUUGAAUCGGCCACUUCUAAAAGUAAAUGAUAAAGACAUAGAGCGUUUAACCAAACAUAGAGAAGGGAGUGAGCACUACCACGGGUAAUCAGGGGUCCAAUUCUAGGCCACGGCUGCCACCAGUGGCGAGUGAUAUCUGAACCAGUCCAUUGCCCUCCCUUCUCUCUCCUCGACCUCAAGCGACAGUGGCAGUGUACAUUGCAAAUCCAGAUGGCGGCUUGUGGAAGUCUUUCAUCCAGCGGUGGAUUGACCACGGCCGCCGCCGCCGCUGAUGAUCAAGAUGACGAUCACGAUGGGAAUUUGGUUUCGGAACUGGGAGUUUGAAGAUCGUCUGCGGAUCCCUGGGCAGCUGCGCACGGAGCUCCACCGACGAGGCCAAGCCACGAAGUUCCCGAAGAGGUCUCCGUUGAGAUGACGACUGCCCACAGGGAUGGGUCUGGAGCACGAGUGUCCCUUUUGGUGUCAGGACGGGCGGGCGGGCGUGGCCAGGAGACCUCCCGUGGAGACCCACGUCGCCACUCGUCUGGCAGGGCACCGCUCCAUGGACCCCCAUUGAUGAUCUGUCACCAGAGGUGAUUCGAUCGGCUCGCGCAUUCCCCGGGUCGCCGUGAGAACAUUAAGCCAAGGCUGCUCCUGCCUGCCCUGUCUCUCUCUCACUCACUCUACUCUCGUCUCUCAUAACACGGCCACUCUCUGACAUACAGUUGCACAAGUGGCGUUGUUCGUCUUGGUGCACGCUUUUGGAUAUCGCUCGAAGGGGGAUAAUAUCAAUAAUAUCGAUCAAGUGAUCAUGAGUCAUGCCGUGAUGUCCAUCACGCUGGCCAAGGUGGUGGCGGUUUCCUCGCUGGCGGUGCUGACCUGGGCGUGUGGAGCUCCUGCCUGGCCCAUAAACAACCUACUCACUUCUGGCUCCAAGGUGCAGCCCUCCGUGGUGCAGAGCGUGACGGCGGGCGCGCGUCUCGGCCUGCACGAGUGUGCCGCGCAGUUCGCCUGGGAGCGCUGGGACUGCGGACGAGCAGCCGCAGCCGCCGGCGGAGGAGGAGGAGGAGGGGGGGGAGACAGAAGCGGCGGCCUCUCGGUGCAACACGCGGCCACGCGGGCCGCGACCCGCGAGGCGGCGUUCGUCCACGCCGUGAGCGCCGCGGGGGUGGUCCACACCCUGGCACGCAACUGCAGCGCCGGCGACUUCGCCAGCGAGUGCGGCUGUGACGACAGCAAGAACGGCGAGCGCGGAGGCGAGGGCUGGGUGUGGGGAGGCUGCAGCGACAGCGCCCUCUACGGGCAGCGCGUCGUCCAGCAGCUCGCCGACUCCAUCGAGGCGGCGGCGCUCGACCCCCGGGCGGCCGUCAACCGGCACAACUUUGAGGCCGGCCACGCGGCCGUGCGGGCCACCAUGGGCCACGUGUGCAAGUGCCACGGCGUGUCGGGCAGCUGCACCCUGCAGACGUGCUGGCAGCAGCUCUCCGAGCUGAGCCGCGUCGGCGCCCACCUCAAGGAGCGCUACCGCCGCGCCGCUCGCCUCGACCUCCUCCGCGCCGCCAACAGCGCGAGCGCCGUCGUCGCCACGCACGGAGCCGCGGCCGCCGGCACCGCUGGAGCCCCCCGCGAGGCCGGCGGCGGUAACGGAGCACGAGCCGGCCCGGUAGCGUCGCACCACUCGCCGCACGCUUCCGCCGCCGCCGCCGCCGCCCAGGAUGCCCUGCGCCUGCUGGAGCCCGACGGCCUGGCCUUCCUGGAGGACUCGCCCGACUACUGCCGGCGCAACGAAUCUCUGGGCGCGCCGGGCACGCUGGGACGCGAGUGCCGGCGCGGGAGCGGCGGCGCCGGCGAGGACGACAGCUGCGAGCGGCUGUGCACGGCUUGCGGGCUGCGCGUGCUGGAGCGGCGCGUCAGGGUCACCAGCCCCUGCAACUGCUCCUUCACGUGGUGCUGCCGCGUGUCGUGCCAGCAGUGCACCAGCGUGCACAGCAAGUUCCGGUGCGGGCGUCCCGAGGCUUCGGGCAGGGCGCCCGGAAAGAAGAGGCCACGCGCACGGCAGCAGCAGCAGCAGCAGCAGAGGGGUCGCAACAGGAAGCCCAAUGCGGCCUCGCAGGCCGUAGCAAAUAAGACUUCAUGAGAAAGACCAGGCAAUGAACCGAUAUGUCAGGAAGUUACAAUAAUGCCACUCACAAGCACUGGGGCGAUGUACGUUUUGUCUUGCUGGUCCUUGAGCCCAUGGUGGAGAUUCCACUUUAUCCGUGAUGGGAGAACAAAUUCUCUACAGCACGGAUGGAUGACUGUUGAAUGUCAAGUCCCACCAGCGGCUCAAUUCGGGCGAGUUGCUGGGUUAUGAACGUGGAGACACAUUAUCAUUCCGCCGUGUACUCUACGCUCAUCAUUCUUACGAGGUUAAUACAAAUGAGCGUUACUUUGUAGGAAGCCACCAGUGGUUGAUAUCGGUGUGUUUUUAAAUGUUGCCUCUGCUUUUGCUUUAGUUGUAAUAUUUUUCAAAGUCUUGCCAUUAUGACACAUGAACGAGUAGGGUGGCCACACUGCACCUAGUCCUCAUUUUAAGCCACGUCAACCUUGGGAAACCCAUACCAGGUUUGGACGUGAGGAACUGAUGUCAGGAGUUGAACCCUGAGCUGUUGUUAACUCGUGCGGCGUGUUCAAACCACUGCCUUCGUGAAUACUCAAAGAGGCAUCGCCGCCUUUUAAGACGCCAAUUGUAAACCCCAAGAAAAAAAAAACAUUUUGGCGUGGGCAAGCAGCAUCAUUGUCCAACUUUUGAGAUUAAAAAAUGUUUUUUAUUGAAAUUAUCUUAUAAGAAAACAGGACCCGACAUCCAUCAGUCGGAACAGGGCCAAAAUAGCCAACGGGCAUUUGACACUCGGUGAAAAUGUUAUAUUGGCAUUUUUAUUAUAGGCACGGAAUUGGCUGGGAAAACAGCCACCGGCAAACUCCACACGUGCCUCGUCAAUUGCCACCUUCAUGAUGACUGCUCUGCCUUUAACAUGGGCCGUGUCAAAUGUUUUGUUCGCCUUGGCAAGUGUUCAAACAACUUGUCUCAACGAGGCGUUGGAGAAAGAAACCCACAUUCCCAUGGUAGGCGCUGGUCUGUAGAUGUAACAACUACCAAUAGCGUCCCACAGUGAGAACUCAUUUUAUCAAACCCAUGGUGAAAAUGGGUCGGGUUGAACUCCAACCAGAAUUUGAAAUUGUAACCUUACAAUUCUGAGUUAAGCACUCUUACGAAAGCACUACCUGGCCAAAUCAUCAGCUGGUAGUGCAAAUAAACAGGGUGCUUCAAAAAAAUGUUAAAACUCAUAUGGGACCCAUAUUCUUGGUUCUUUCGGUAAAAUCACGUAGAUAGAAAACAAAAAUCAUUUAUUGCGGUAUUGUCGCAAGUUCUCAGAAGUGUUAAAAAUUAUUUGAAGUACUCUGCAUAUAUUCUAGCUUGUGGCUUUAGGAUCCCUGUGCGAAUCAGUGCGUACCACUUUGAGCACGGUGGUUAACAAACGUUGAUACUGUCCUUUGGCACCGGAUGUGUGGAAUUGAAAUCGCUGGUUCAGGGUCGCCAACACAAGCGACGAACACUGCACGCCAAUGUUCUUUUGAGACGCUGCGACGUCAACGCUUGGCGUGGCAGACGGCCCAAGGGGACCGAACCAGCGAUUGGUCAACAGAAAGGAUCGUUCUAAAUAGCGCAUGCGAAUCGCAGUGCUUUUUUUCACGUGUAGCCAUUAACUUUGUGCCUUUCACACCAAAACGUAUAUGAUUGAUGUGCAAGCGUAAGAGUGACUUUUCAAUUUGCUCCAGUAUUAUUAUUAUUAUUGUGGUUAGCAAUUCAUAGAUUUUGUCGGUUUAAUAAUUUAUGCUGUUCUUUUCCUGUCCCGUAAGUUUACAUUGAACGGUUACUGACCGGACCGAGAGCCUUUCAACCUCAUUCUCAUGUUAAGGUCUUUCCAGUACGAAAGCUUUAAAUAUUUUUGUAUUCAUUCACUACUGUAUAGUUUACUAGUUGUGGUUGUUGCAGUGAUGUUUUUUUGAAGUACAAUAUUUUUGCAGUUUAAAACUCUUGUCUCCGAUUUGUUUAAUACAAACGUACCCUAUGACCCCAAUUCCUUGGACGGUGUAAUCGGGAGAGGUGGUGGUGCUGGGUGAGGCACGUGUGCAGGGUGGAGGAGGACAGCUCACCAAGACGGGCAAUGGAGUGACCCUCAGAAGUCAGGGGCCAAUGGGAAGAUCUCAAGUCAGACGGCUGCGGCGUUGGCGAUGAGUGAAAGCAUGGUAGCUAGGAAGUCAGGGACCAAUGGGAAGAUCUCAAGUCAGAUGGCAGCGGCGUUGGCGAUGAGUGAAAGCAUGGUAGCCAGGAGGUCAGGGGAUCGACCACAACAGCGGCCGACCCCUAUGGAGGUCGACCACAGCAGGCGCCGAUCCAGUAGAAGCGAUGGUGAUGUGGUGUGGUGUGAUCGACGGCAUCCACUGAUGACCUCUCGACGUUGACCAAGGACUCCGGGGAUACCGUCACUAAUUUUUGUAGGGGGGGCCACUUUCGCCGAUAAGACAUCGUCAGUGUGAGAGCUGCCACACCACCUACAAGAGGUGUUUUCACGAUUUGUGUAGUGUCGGGGGCCGCACUAAGGCCACCAGGGGCUGCCAGUGGCCCGCGGGCCUUGCAAUGAAGAACACUGCCUGAGAACAAGUCGGGUAUUACCUGGACUUGAGCAGUCGUAUUUAAGUGAAAACCUAUUCGAUGUUGCAGGUCAUUGCCAAGGAAUAUAUUACCCAAUCAGUGCACGGUAACCUAUCUCGAACGAACGUGUGCCAGCUGCUAAAUGAUAAAAGAUUACUAUUGAGUCACUUGGUUUAAUAGGAGUCAGUGAUACACAUACAGGACACUGAAUUUGGAUGACUGACUUAAUCAAGAAAAAUAAAUGUACAAGACUGUACGGAAUUGCCCAACGUCAACUAUUACUGGACAGGCCUUUGCACGUGCCUAGCAGUGCCAUUUCCUAUUUAUCAAACGACUUUGUCCCCCAUGGGGGUUACCUUCAUUU